GCAAAAAGAAGCAAAAGUUGGUUAUUUGACAGCAUUAAGUGACCCAAUAGAUGUAUAUUCUGAAUGGGUUUAUUAUACUGAUGAAACUGUGGAAAAAGAUAGUGGCAGUAUAGUGUCUUAUCCUAAUAGUGAUGUUAUGAAUUCAUUAGUAGCUACACCUGAAAUUUCAUAUCAAGAUGAACAUGAAUGUAAAGUUCCAAUCAUGCCAGCUCCUGUUGAUGAAAAUGAAAUUGAUCCACCGCCAAUUUUUAUUACUAAUAAUGAA